GACUGCAUGGAGAAGACUAGAAGUCGACCUAGCGCGUCCCUCGAUCGCCAAGACAACGCAGUCGUUGGAUCUUGCCUGAAUUCCAAAACAGCUGACCAUAACCACAAUCAUCAGGAAUUCUUUUGUUUUUUUACCAUGUCUCGCAACGCCUUACGCAUCAUCGUAGAUUUGAAUAUUGAAGCAGUAACCUGUCCCGGUGUGGUCUUGAAAGAUCGUCAAGAUGUUUACCUGAGUGUGUGCAUGCUGGGAUUCCAGAAGAGGACUUUGUGUCUCCCUCCGUUCUUCCCCCUCCUGUUCCAUCAGAAGUUCAGAUUUGAAAGGACUUAUGCAAACUGUGGCCACCCAGCACACUUGGCCCAUGUUCUUCAGUUUGAGGACGUGUUGAUUGAACUGAUCCAACUAGACGAAGAUUUCAAUCAAGAUGGGACGGUUCUAGCCUUCUACCAGCUCUCAACCCGAGAUUUCCUCUAUCCAGAGGACUCGAUGCUCCCCCGCUAUGCCGAGUCCGAUCGGGAGGUUCUCAUGAACAAGAAGAUUUGGUUUACGCGUCUUUCACCGAAGCUGGAGUUUUCAUGUAAGACCACCAUCCAAGACACAAGCACUCCUGCCUUAGAUUAUUACAGAGAUCGUGUGGCCGAGCUUGAAGACACCAAUGAGGAUUAUGUCAUUGUUACGCCAAGCAAGACUAGGGGGAGGAAGAAAAAGAGUCUCAAACGAACCAAGAGUUAUGAAGCGCCAACCAUCUCAUCGACGAUGAAGGCAUCGGUGAUGAAUACUUCAGGGAUCGAAGACAGACCACCUUUUAUCAUCAAAAGGAAAGACAGUCAUAACCGAGCUACCUCACCAUACAGAGCAAGGUCCCCAUCACCACGGCGACCCGCAUCGGCCCCGCCCAACCGACCAAGAACACCCAUCUCAUUCAGAACAGGUCCCCCUGAAAUCACUGGAAACUCAUCUGAGUACAUCUCUGAAGCAGACUGUCGUAUCUGUAGGAUAUAUCAGCGUUACUUUGGAAGGCGUUACUGGGGCCAUAAAAAAUACUUUCAUCCUAAUAACGGCAUCAAAUUCACAUCAUCAGAGCAAAUGCGGAAUACAAUAAGAGAUGAAGAGUUAGAGAGAAUCCUGAGUACCAGAGUAGCAGAUGUAGAUACGGAGAGUUCAGAAGAUCUAAUAGAUUCUAUGAAUGGCCUAUCAGUAUCCCUACCACCGGUUCCAGGACCCGCUGUCGACUACGCUCGUCUUCCCUAUUCUCCGCGGCUGUCCCGUUCACCCCGUCUUUCAAGGUCCCGAUCUAGAUCUCCAAGCCUGUCCCGGUCCAGAGCCAGGUCCAGGUCCAGGUCUCUGAGUCCAUCAAGGAGAUACACCCGUUCUCGUUCCAUGAGUCCUAUCUUAGCUAGACCAUCCCUGCGGGAACGGUUAAGUCCUAGACCAGGAUCUCCUUCCCAUGCAGAUAUCAUUCACCAUAGAGUACAGAGAGCCCUGGAUAGUAAUUAUUUGGAUGAUUCUGAUAGUUCAGUGACCUCAGAAGAAGCACUUGGUGCCCUAAGGUCAUCUCUUAAUGGCAGCUCUUUAAGCAGCUAUAGCAUAUCAACAGAUUUAGGAGAUGGUCAUCACCUGUCUACGAUCAGUUCUAAGAUGUGUGGGAAGACCCACCGUCAACUCUUUGAAGAAUCGCUAGCAAGGAUCUACCGCAGGCUGCACAAGAAGAUCAAGAACAGUACCUACUAGUAUUACCAGUCAAGCACCAAGAAAUGAUGUACUUCUGGGCCCUGACUUACAUAGAGUUGUGAUUGAUCUGAUCAACCAGAACUAUAGAAAGCCAGCAUUGUCAACAUCUGAAAUGCACGUUUGUCCAAAAUAUUUUCUUAGAUAUGAUGCAGACAUGCCAACUGUUCCCUUUUUAGAGUAUUAGUUCCUCUUUUUUGCUAUGAAUACACCAAUGCUUUUUUUGAUGAUUUGUUACUUUUUUUAUUUCUGAUUAUGGAGUAUGUAUUAUACACAGUGCAUGACACUUGUGCUGGUCCGACAGUCCCAGACCAGUAGAAGUCACUGUCGGGCCAGUAACUUGUCUCAUGAAAAGAACAAGUAAAUUCUUACGAGCACAUGUUUAAAAGGGUGAAUUAUCAAGUUUUCAAGAGUCAUUUCACAUGUUUUUUUACUGAUCUCAGGCUGGCAAUUGUUACAUUGAGACAAAUUUGUAAAAUACUCUUUUUUUGUCAAAAUAUACUUUUUUCCUUCUAAGAAUACCUUUUUUGUUGUAGAAGGUUGCCAGGUCUGAUGAUGUAUAUUCAUACUUCCAUUGGUUCUUUGACAAAUCUGUAUGGUCCUCUUUGUUUACAAAGGACAUUGUGGAAAUUUUCCUGAGGAAAUAUUAUGACAAUGGUGGAUUUCCAUAUAGUUGAGGUUGAUCUGAUCGAUUGCAACCAUUUCUGAGACAGAGCCCUGGGGCCUGUCUUACAAAGAGUUACGAUUGCCAUAGCUGCCAAGUAGUACUGAUUUUCAGUAUUUAUUACUGAAAAAUGAGAAGAAUACUGAUGGUUUCAUACAAAAUACUGAUUUCCAAAGUUCUGUUUUAUGUUUUGUCCUAUGGCAUAUCUUUGAAAAUACUGAUUUCCUCACCAAAAUACUGAUUUUCAGCUUUUAAAAUCCUGAAAUGUACUUGUUCAGGUUGGCAGCUCUGGAUUGCUCCAAUUGAUCGUAACUUCUGGCCUCAAAAAGUGCUCCAAAAUGUACGGCAAGCUAAUGACGACAUUAUUUUUCUUUGGUGCCAUGGCUCAUGUUAUAUGACUUAAUGAUUUCAUUGUUACAUUAUGAGACUUUAGCCAGAUUCUGGACAGAUUAUAUUUUAACCCUAAAAGGACUGGGGCAUGAUGGCCCCCCCUCAAAGCUUCGCACAAUUUUUCCAAAAUGCAAAAGGAUAGUGCCGCAAAAUUUUAUGACUUUUUUCUUUGAAGUCUCGCGCAACUUUUGAGACCAAAUUCGCGACAUACGGGUAUAGCAUCGCGACAUCACGUGACUUUUUAUGAGACAAUGUCAUGCCAAAAAUGGCUCAUUUUCAUACUUUGUGUACAAUGGGAGAUGAAUUUCAUAAAAGGGUGAUUACCGAAUUUUUCUUCCUAAUUGGUCUACUUAAUUAAUUUAGGAUUUAAAUUAGUUGUUAAAUGGUCUAUAAUUCCAUUGAAAAAAACAAUGAAAAACAAAAGAUGAAAAAACAAAGAAAUA